GACUGUCUUGUCGGCGGCCGGGUUCAGCAGAAAUCGUAAUAUUGAUAGGUUGCCGGUGCGGCGUCAAUUCAUUUUUAUAUUGAUUGAAUAUUUAUGUGAAGAAUUAAAAAUUGUAUUUGAUAGAAGAAGCAUCCAAGAUGACCGUGGAGGUGCAGAAUAAGGCGAAGCUUUUUCGGCUCUCGCCCGACAAACAACUCACAUUCAUAAAAUUGGCUGUUUUAUCAAUGGCAGCUAUUUUAUCAUUUGCAACAAGACUUUUCUCCGUUCUGCGGUUUGAGAGUGUGAUUCAUGAGUUUGAUCCAUACUUCAACUACAGAACUACUCGCUUCCUCACACAAGAAGGAUUCUAUUCGUUCCACAACUGGUUUGAUGACAGAGCAUGGUACCCAUUAGGCCGUAUUAUUGGAGGCACCAUUUACCCUGGCCUGAUGGUGACCUCUGCCACUCUGUACAACAUCAUGCAAUAUUUGAAUAUCACCAUUGACAUCCGAAAUGUGUGCGUUUUCCUUGCACCAUUCUUCUCCUCACUGACGACCAUUGUCACAUACCUCCUCACUAAGGAACUCAAGGACGAAGGAGCAGGCCUAGUGGCCGCGGCCAUGAUCGCCAUAGUCCCCGGCUACAUCAGCCGCUCGGUCGCCGGCAGUUACGACAACGAAGGCAUCGCCAUCUUCUGCAUGCUGCUCACGUACUAUUUCUGGAUCAAAGCGGUUAACACCGGAACUAUCCUGUGGGCGACUAUGACCGCACUGGCUUAUUUCUACAUGGUAUCAUCAUGGGGAGGUUAUGUCUUCCUCAUAAACCUGAUACCUCUACACGUACUGGCUCUGAUGCUACUCGGCCGUUUCUCCAGCCGAGUGUACGUGGCAUACAGCACUCUAUACUGCGUGGGGACUAUCCUCUCUAUGCAGAUACCGUUUGUAGGCUUCCAACCAGUGCAGAGCUCGGAACACAUGGUGGCGCUGGGCACGUUCGGGCUGUGCCAGCUGUUCGCGUUGUCUCAGUUCCUGCGCGCGCGCCUGGCGCAGGCGCACUUCGAGCUGCUGUUCAAGGCGCUCGUGUCCGCUCUAACCGCUACUCUCGGCUCCGCGGUCGUGGCGCUCACCAUCACAGGAAAGAUAUCGCCAUGGACCGGAAGAUUCUACUCUCUGCUGGACCCGUCUUAUGCCAAAAAUCACAUUCCAAUUAUUGCGUCGGUAUCGGAGCAUCAGCCUACGUCCUGGUCGUCAUUCUACUUCGACCUGCAAGUGCUCGUGUUCCUGUUCCCGGCCGGCCUGUACUUCUGCUUCAGCAAGCUGACUGAUGCGAAUAUCUUCAUCAUUCUCUAUGGAGUGCUCAGCAUUUACUUUGCGGGGGUAAUGGUCCGUCUUAUGCUGGUUCUUGCGCCGGUUAUGUGCAUAGUAUCGGGUGUGGCCGCCUCGAGUUUGCUGUCGCAGCACGUGAAGAAUUUGGAGCCGCCCAAACAGGAGAAGUUGGAGAAGAAGAAGAAACAUGAUAACAACAUGGUGUUUAAGACGGAGGUGGGGGUAAUGUUCGUGGUGGUGCUGGGCUGCCUGCUGACGACGUACGUGUUCCACUGCACGUGGGUGACGUCGGAGGCGUACUCCUCGCCCUCCAUCGUGCUGUCUGCGCGUGCGCACGACGGCGCGCGCAUCAUCUUCGACGACUUCCGCGAGGCCUACACCUGGCUCAAGAUGAACACCGCUGAGGAUGCAAAAGUGAUGUCAUGGUGGGACUACGGCUACCAGAUAACGGCCAUGGCCAAUCGGACUGUCAUAGUGGACAACAACACGUGGAACAACACCCACAUCUCCCGCGUCGGCCAAGCAAUGGCCUCCUCUGAGGACAAGGCGUACGAGAUCAUGAGGGAGCUGGACGUGGACUAUGUGCUGGUCAUAUUUGGUGGUCUGGUCGGGUAUUCAUCUGAUGACAUAAACAAGUUCCUGUGGAUGGUGCGCAUCGGCGGCAGCACGGAUCGCGGCGCACACAUAAAGGAGGCAGACUACUACACGCCGGCGGGCGAGUUCCGCGUCGACGCGGACGGUGCGCACGCGCUGCUCAACUGUCUCAUGUACAAGAUGAGCUACUACAAGUUCGGCCUCGUCUACACCGAGGGCGGUCGUCCGCCGGGGUUCGACCGCGUGCGCGGCGCGGAGAUCGGCAACAAGGACUUCAACCUGGACGUGCUGGAGGAGGCCUACACCUCCGAGCACUGGCUCGUGCGCAUCUACAAGGUCAAGCCGCUGCCCAACCGCGGCGGCUAGCGUCUUCGUCACUCACUCACUCACUCACUCACUCAUGAGGCCCUAGUGCUACUUUGCUAGGUAAACCCACACUAACUCCACAGAGGGCGAAGUGCGGGUUUGCGUUUCACUUCUCACUAUGGAACCAAUCACAUUACGGUGUGGUUGUUACAAUGGCGCAAUGUGAUUGGUUCGCUGCGUCUCCACUUGGAGUCGAUUCGAUAGUGUGAAGUGAAAUGCAAAUCCGCACUUCGCCUUAUGUAACAACAGUCUGUCUAUAAAGUGAAGAAAAUAAAUGAAUAAAUGUCCUCUUAGUUGACAACAAUGGGCCGUUAUUCAUUUUAAAAAGUUAAAGUAUGUUUUGUCUCUUUUUGUCAAUGUCAAAUAAUGUAAAGUGCUAUAGUGACAAAACUUUAGCUUAAAGUAUAGAGUCGUCCGAUUCUAGGACUCAUAUUACCUCAAGUUAAAGUCCUAUGAGACAGGAUUAAGUCACAAUAAACAAUAUUCUUCCUAAAUAAAUGCCGGCCUGGCACGUAUGACCAUAUCUAUUGGAAUUCACAAAAUACACAAGUCUCAAAAUUGUCGCAAAAAUAGAUAUGGUAAUAAAUCUAAAUGCCUAUUUCACCGCUUGCUGAUAAAGUAUCAGAUAUCCUAAUGUAACAUAUCAAAUUAAAAUCUGUGUUUCACAAGUGUAAGAUACAGCUAACCGGCAUAUAACAUCAGGCAAAUUUAUUACAAAAUUAUAUUUUAUCAGAAAGUGGUGAAACAGGUUCUUAUAGUUAGAUAAACUUUAUGAUAAAAUAAAUACUGUUUGCCACAGUGUUGUCGAAAAACCGUGAUAUUAUAAAAGUAUGUAUUUAUUUUAUAUAACCGGUUUUCUAUAAUGAGUCAUGAGUUUUAAAUGAUAUGUAUGAGGGUUUUUGAUUCGCCAACGUUUUGUAUGAUAUGGUCACAGUUACUAAUUUUUAAGAUGUAUGAAUAGACUGAAUGAGUCUUAAAUAGACUUAUAUGAAUAUGCUAGUAAACGUCGACCUAUAAUUUUAUUAAAAUUUCAAAUUGAAUUAUCCUAAACCUAAACAACUUAUUAAAAACUAGAUUAAUUUCCAUUUACACGAUUUGUUUUUACAUAAUUAGAUUUUUUAUUUUCCCAUUACCUACGAAAAAUUUCUAUUGUUUUGAAAAUAUGAGAUGAAAAUAUUCUGGAAUCAAGUGGAAUUGAUUUUUUUAUCUCAUUAUUAUUUUUAAGAAUGCGUGUCUGACAUAUAUAUAACCAAACCAAAACAACUUAUUCUGUUGUAUUUUUAAAUUCAACAUCUUCGCUUAAUUUGCAGAAAUUGUUAUUAAAAUUACUAUGUUGUUCUCUACGAUUAAUAUAAAUGCGAAAGUUUGGAUGUGAGUGAGAAAUUAAAGGUUAAAGUCAAUCAUACAAAUUGCAUGGAUUUAAUUGUAAGUAGAAUAUAAACCGGAAUAGCACAUAUAGGAUACUUUUUAUCCCGACAUUGCCACGGAAGCGAAACCCCGGUAUCAAAAAUAUUUUUAAAACUAAGAAUACUGAAGGGCACAUUAUUUUUAUUUUUGUUUUAAUAGUGAAUCUUCUAAUUAUUAUUAUAAUAUGUGCAAUGCUUGUUGUUGAAUCCACAGACAAUUUCAUAUUGUUUAAAAUUCAAAUGUCUUGAAAAUACAAAAUAGACUGAAAUAUUUCAUUGCACUACUUUUUUAAUAGAAUGUAUUUAUAAGAGUAGAUGUACUUAAAGCGAAUACACAUCUACCUCUUAAGUGUAAAUGCGCACAACUGUUCACAAUACUUCCCCUUGUAUGGUAAAUCUGUAAUGUUUGAAUUCAUGACAAUUUUAAUUGUUAAUUUUAAUUUAUCUGUCACAAUGUAUAAGCAUUGAAGUUGUAAAAAUUCAUUUUUUAUUUUUAUUGUAAUAAUAAAGUUUAUGAAUACUUUUA